AUGGACUCAAGCGGCGAGGGUUUGAAACGCCGCGAGACCGUCCGCGAUGUUCUGGAGCGUUCGCAGAAAAAGGUAUGAAAGUGGCUGCAGAAUGCAGGAAAUAGAAGGGGGAUUUCAUUUGGCCAAACAAAAAAAGGGAACUUUGGACAUUGAGAUUAAAAUUCAAUUUACUCGAUGCCCAGGACAUUGGGAGUGUUGCACGUUGGAUAAGCAGCGAACAUAAGGGCUCGACUAAAGCGAGCAUGGAUUAUUGGUGGCUUUUGGGUGUGAAGGCUGAAAUGUUAUCGGAAAUUGAUUGCGAUUUUGGUGAAACUAUUAUAUUACUAAUUUCUAGCAGGCGAGAUUAGAGGUUGCGGAAAAUGAGGAGAGACAGACAGAGACGAAAGUUUUUUAGUUAUCAAUUCCGAUUCAAAUUUUUCGACUGGUAUACCGACACUGAGGGCCAAAAACAAAAUCAUUGCAAAAAAUGGUCUUUGACUCUGUAAAUUAUUCCUUAUUUUUUCCAAGAAUAGCUAGAAUAUUUGCAUAGUGUCUGCAUCUCAUAAAAUUAUUAAUGUUUCUUUGAAUCACCACUUCUGAAUCUUAAUCAUAGAGCGAAAAGUGAACGGAAACUUAUCCCCAAUCUUCUCGGCGAAAGCAAAUUUUUCGAAUAUUUUAAAAUUACCCUUGUUCACCUCCGAACACAUUAACUAUGCCCAACUCAUCGAGUAUGCGAAGAAGAUGGUCGAGUGCUCGUUUUUCUCUUUUCACUCCAUUUUUGGUUGAAUUACCAUGCAUUUUGACAGCAAUAUUUUUUAUUUUGACGACCAUAUUUUUAUUUUUUUUUUGUAAUCCUAGUCAUUAGACCCUAAAAAUUUUUUUUACAGAAUUUUUAUUUAUGAUGCUUAUUUUUAUGUAAUUCUUUUGAAUUUUUUCUUUGGCCACCGUUUGUCUCACUUUUUACAUCGGAUAUGAAAUGCCGGAACUUGAAGAUGGGAAUACAUAAUUAUCACGUCGAGAAUAAUUAUCAAGGGCCAUUUACAUAUUGAACCGGGGGAAUUCUCUUUGUGCCUUGGGGGUUUCUUUGUUAGUGCUGAGUAAGCGGCGGAAAUGGGUGACAAAAAAUUUUUUUUGUAAUCUUAAAUCGAAUUUUGGAAACUUUAAGGUACGAUUUUGCUAAAAUUUAGAGACCUUUCUUGAAGGGCCUUUGUAAGACAAUUUUUAGACACUAUUCCUCUGACUUUUUCUCUUUUCUGUUGGCCUUAAAAAUCGUUGAAUAUCUUGGAUAUAUCUGCAAAACGGGAGCUAAAAUUUUGAAAAAUGGUUACGUGGACCAAAUGAACAAUUUCUGCGAAAUUUGAAGUAAAUCGAUAAUCGCAACAAAUUUUUAUGGUUCUGAAGCUUUCCUACUCUCAUUUAAAAUGCUGACAAUGUUCUUAAAAUAGUACCUACAAUCUCUGUAUUGCUCUGUGCUCUCCAUAAUGUUGGAUUCCCGGGUCCGUCGAGAGAAAGGUGCGGUUUCUGCCUGGAUGGGGCUUGAAGAAUGGGUUUUUAUGAGUUUUGAGUCAUUCCCUUCUAUUCUGCCUCGAAUUAUUCCCCGCGAAUCCACGAGGAUUCAACCGUUUUCAAUGGAUUUCCAUUUAUUUUACCGGUAAAUGGCGGGUUGGCGGUGCUUUCAAAGCCGCGGGCAAUUUACUUUCUACGGUAUUUUGAUUUUCUUUUUUCAAUUUACUCUCGUCUACACCUUGUUUUGCCCUUGUCACAUCCAAUCUGGGGUCUCUAUUUUUAGGAUUAGUCUUCGGCGUUUACUUUUUUUUCUUCCAACAGAUGUGAAUUAAAGCCGGGUGAUAAUCUUGCCGAAAAACCGAGAUUUGGUUCAAAAAAAGUUUCCGGAUUAUGAUAGAUAGGGAUAAAAUACGUCAACAGAUGGCAUGGGAAGAGAUUUAUUUCUCAAAGUUUAAAGGUAAAUCACGAAAUUUAACUUUUUCUUCUGUUUUUAGUGUGGUUCAAAUGUUUUAUUAGAAAUGAUUUUUUUUGCGAGGCAGUGUGUAAAAAUAGAGGAGUCAGUCAGAGAACAAAUCCAGAUUUUUUUAAGCUCCAGUAGAGAUUAAUUAUUUUUGGUGGGAAUAUUUUAUGACAUUAUGACAUCUUCCGGCCUAAAAAUCUCAAAAAUUCAUUGCCAAAAAUUGGGAUUUGUGUUACAGAAUCUUAUGCAAAAUUUUUGUCAGUUUACGGCAAAACCAAAGUACAUCACUUGAAGCCAUUUUCGCAUAAUUUGAAUUUUGCCUUUUAUUCUCGUUAUCUGCUCUUCGCAGUGCCAAAAGCAACAAAUUUCCCCUCCAAAUUACCCUCCCCUCCCUUUCCCAACAACAUUUUCUCCAGCGUUUCCCUUCUCUCUGUGCUUCCUAAUCCUUUUUGAAAGAAAAAAGGACAAUUACAGCAUUUUAUAUGUGUCUUUAAAGUCCAAUUUUUGUUCUUUUUAAUCCGGAAAUUUUCUAAAAAUAGCGCGGCUUUUGUAGCGGACAAAAGCAACGUGAUGUCGCUGAUAAUGAUGUGGUCGUACUCGUUUUAUGUGGGGCUAUUUUUAGGCCAUCUUUCUGCAGACAUUUUUUGAAAAAGAAAAUUUUCUGGAUUUUGUAAACAGUCCUGGGAAAGUAUGCAAAUUCGGGGGUUUUCGGGUCGAAACAAAGGCCUUGUUUACUCAGAUUAGUAACGGCAAUCGCAAUAAAAGCAGAGCUGGUCUUUGGUCAAAGAUAACGGGAGAUUUUAUAGAGCAUAAUGCGAAUUAAAAAUGGGAUAAAAAAAUAUUAUGUCAUUCUUGUUAGUGAUGAAUAUUAAUAAGAUAAAUUUCUUCCAACGCAAGUUCCUGAUUGCAUUCAAAUUUUUGAUAUUAUAGACGACAGACUGUAAGAAAUGAUGAGAUGUAGUCAGACAAAAAAUUUUUGUUCAUUUCUUUGCGAUUCUUGCUUGUUUUUUUUUUGGGAAAUCCGUGUAGAAAUAGGGUAAAAUUUUGCCAAGAUAGGCUGCAAAUUUUUUACAACAAAAAUUUUAAAAAGAUAUUUGAGAAUGAAGAAACCAAAAAUCUGUUAUCACCAAACUUUUGCAAGAGCCCCAAAGAAAUCAAAAAAUGUUAUAUAAUAAUAUUGGACCCCACUUGUUGCCGCUAUUUUCGUCCGUAUUUAUAACCGAUUGUUUAAUUGCCUGAUGUGUUUAUUUAGUUUUAUUUAUUCCUAAAACUAGGAUUUCAAACUUUUUGAGCUCAAUUUCUCCUAUCUACAAAAGGCAAAAGGUCAAUUUUUAAUUUUUUUAAAAUUUGAUGAGGCUUUCAUUAAGUGGUUAUGACGUCAAGCUGAUUUUGAUCGUUUUAAUAUUCCAAUUUGCCUUUUUCUCUUGUAGUUUAUAUUAUACUAUUCUGAUGUUGUAAAAUCCCAAUUUUGUAACACGAUUAUUCCAAACCCAAAUGACCUUUGACUAAUUUUAUUAGAGUUGUUGGGAAAAUUAGGGUGUAAGCUAAAGGAAAUGAAUUGCUUUUUUGCCGACGUACAGUCUACGUCGACAUCUGAAAGUUUCAAAUUAGGAAACUUGAGGUGUGUUUUGAACCGUAAAUAGAAAUGUUUUGGGGAAUUCUGAGGAGACAAACCGACCUCCGCGUACACUGGUUUGCUCUCUGCUCUGGGUUCCUUGUGAUGUCAAUUGGCUUGAGGGGAUUUCCAAAUAAUGAAAAAAUAAUUGCGACUUCUGGCUUGUAUCCGGGAAGGGUUGUAUUUUGGGCUAAAGGUUCUGCAGUUUAUGCAAGAAGUAUGUCAAGUUAUAAUCGCUUUUUUUAAAAAUUUUUUCUUAAGGUUCAUGGUGGUAUACUAAUUUUUUUAAAUUUUAAUUUGCGUUCUGCAGAAUAACUAUCAAUUUACGACAUUUCCUCGACUUGCAACCGCAUGAUUUCACCUCAAAGUUUACCAUCACGUUCCUUAAAAUUAAUACAAACGUUUCCUUUUUUGAGUCACUCUUCCAGAAGACAGCCAUGACCAAUCUUACUCUUUUAUCUCUGAUUUCCCAACCCGCUCAGGGAAUUGGAAUUUUUCGCUGUGUUUUCGCACAUAAUUUGCUUGUUUCUAAAAAUAGCCGCACUGUAAACGAGGUCCCUCAUGUAAUUGACGCACUCUUUUUGUUCGGUUGAAUCACGCUUCGGGAGGAAAUUAAUUAGAAAAAAGAGGGAAAGGCGUGAAAUUAGUGACAGUUCGAUCUUAUUGUUUUCCCGGCUGAACUUUCGAGGAUCAUUCUGUUCGCGGGGUGCAUGAAAUUUGUGUAUUAGAAUAUGAAGGUGGUGAUGCAAUGGGUCUGCAGCAAGCUGCACAUUCAUAAAGUAAGUAGGCGGUUGAUUUUUGAGCUGGAUUUUUCCAUGUAUAUGUUGAGAGUGUUAUGAUUUUAUUUUAAUGACACUUUAUGCAAAUUAAGAUUUGAAUUUACUGCGUCAUAUGCAAUAUCUUGUGCAUGCGACCUCCAAAAAAAAAACGUUCGGAAAGAUAUGGUAAGGAAUAUUUUUCCUGCCAGUCUCUCCUCAUUUUCCACAGUCGCUCACCUGCAAACCCGUCUAUUAAUACACUUGGAGCAUAUGAAUCGUAGUUACAAAAUUUUCUGUCACCUUGUUUUAGCAUCUCUCCUACUGGUCAAUAAUCCCUUCUAUAUCCGUUUCAUCCUUUUCCAUUUUUUUGUUAGGGCAUAAUAUGUUUACACUCUCCUUCAGCAUCCCUGUAAUUGAGUUUUCCGUUUGGUUCCAAAUGUAUUUUCGCAAAGAUGUGUAUAUUUUUGCACAACUUUUGCAAUCGCUGAAAGUUUAUAUUACAAAUCAAAUUGCACCCAAUUUGUGAAGACAUCUGUAAGGGUUUUAAGUCUAAAGUUUAUAUAACAUAUUGCAUUAAUUUGGGGUCAAAAAUAGAGAACUUUUUUUUGGUUUUUUUACUCAUAAAGCCCGUCGCAUAUUGCCAAUUUGAUAUUUAUAAAUUUAAUUUUAUUUGCUGAAACCGAAUUGGACUCAGAAAUAAUGUUUGGCCAUAAUUUGCGUUCCCCUUUUCACGUUUGACCCGUGAACUGUCACUCAUUUUUUUUUAUUUUCCCGAACUUCCUCAUGUCCAAUAUUCUCGCAACAGAAAAGGUCCAAACCCAUUAAACCGUUCUGAGUUUUCCUCGAUUCCAAAAGCUGAAUUCCCUCGGGGCUUUCGAAUAACAUCUUUUCUGUUUAAUUCCGUUAACAGCACGGAGUUGGGGGUAAAAUACGAGGGUUCUUUCUCUUAUAAAAAAUUGGUAAAUUCGCAAGAUUCUUUGUGAUUUUCGAUUUUGAAAAUUUUACUGUCCACUUGCAUAAUAAUAAGAUCUUUCUGCGCAAAAUUCGGUAAGAAAUCACCAAAAAAAAAUUUUUUUAAAGGUCCGUUUCAAUUGAAUUUUCUUUUAACCGACCAUCAUCUUUUUUAAAAAAAACCUCUUGAAUACAAUUGUAUGUAAUACUAGGAAUUUUAACACAUUUUACAACGAAAUUUCCACUGUCCCAACUACAAUUCUCAAUUGUUUGGCCCUAGAUUUGUUUGCCUCUUUUUGGCCCUUGAAACGUAUUUUUGAAGAUCUUUUCCUCGAGAGAUUUUUUUACCUAAAUGUCGGGGAAACGGCAAAAAAAUAAAGGGGAAUUUGGACGUUUUUGAAAUGGUUUCAAUUUCACGCUCGGGAUGUUUUUCAAAUUUGUUGGAUAUUACGGAACAAUUCCUGGGCCAUUUCGAUUAAAAAACUGAAAAUUCAAAAAUUGCGGAAACGUUUUGUAGGGUGACCAUGAGUAAAGAUUAACAGAUUUUUUGUUAGAUCAGGUUUUGAUGUUAUGAAUUCUGGAUAAAUGUAACUUGAUAUGUCUCUCUUACGUCAUCUUCCGGCAAAAAAGUCAUCAAAAUAGCAUCCAAAAUGUUAUUAAACCAUAUUUCAGACCAAGCGUCUGUAAAUUUCAAAAAAGUCAUCAAAAUUUAGUUUAUUAUAUUGUUUACCUUUCAGAGCCUGGAGAUGGCACUAACCAGGGACAGUUCAGUGCUCGAGCCUCUCCAAAGCCAGUGGAGUCGCGGUGGGAGCACAGAGAAGGGCACUAAGGGACGGGCAGAACUGGCAAAUCCAGAGAUUCUGGACCUCGUGGAACAGUCCGACAAAGAGAGCAUAGCAUUUCAGUUGUGGCACUCCGACGCACUGUAUGGACGGUAUUUUGCACACAUGAACUCGGGUCGUUUGAAGGUGAGGGGUAAAACUUUUUAAUUUGUGAAUUUUUUAACUAUACUUGCAAAGCGCUAAUUAAAAUUUAAAAAAUUUGAUUUUUACGUUAUUAAAUUUGAAGAAUUAUUUUGAUGACUUCCCUUUUAUAAUGACGAUUACAACUUAAGAUUACAAAUUUUUUCCCAUUUCAGAGUGCAAUGACAUUUCUGGUCCUCCUCAGCAUCUUCGAGAUGGCAGUUCAUGCCGUGUCCUCCUCAUGGUUUCGUUUCGCCGCCAUAAAUAUAAUCACACUGCUCCUCAUCCUCCUGUUAUGUGUAUGGAAGAAGCAAACGUUGGCUCUGAGCUGGGUGGUCAUUGUUUCUUCGGGUGUUUUGUUAUGUUUUGCGCCAUUGUCGUUGAGGUCCUCGUUGACGGUGCUCAUGUUAUUCCUCUGCUACACACUGUUGCCGCUGCAACUGAAGCCGAGCGCAAUUGCGGCGGUCUUUAUCACAUCGAUAGCGUUGCUGUUGGAGGUGCUGACGCAAGGGGUUGGGGCUAAUGGUACGGUUUUUUUGCUUAAAAAUGAAGAAAGAAACUGAAAAUGGCAAAAAACCUUUUAGUCAUCAUUUCCCAUUUUUUCAGGAUUCACGGCGGAAAUCCUCCUCCUCCUUGCCAUGAACAUCAACGGGGUCUUUGUCUACUAUCCCACAGAGCUGGUCCAGCGACGGACCUUUCGAGAGACCCGCAAAUCCGUCGAGAAUCGGAUACAAUUGGUGCGGGACAACGAGAAGCAGGAAAACAUUCUACUCUCCGUCCUCCCAAAACACAUUGCGAACGACAUGAAAAAGGACAUAGAUAACAAAGAAAACGAAGAGAUGUUCCACAAGAUCUACAUCCAGAAGCACAGCAAUAUCAGCAUUUUAUUCGCCGACAUCUGCGGCUUCACGAACCUGGCCUCGACUUGUACGGCCGAGGAUUUGGUGCGGACUUUGAACGAGUUGUUCCGCCGAUUCGAUACGCAAGCCCAUGAGAAUAAUUGCAUGAGGAUCAAGAUCCUGGGAGACUGUUAUUACUGUGUUUGCGGACUGCCCGAACCCCGGGCCGACAAUGCUUAUUGGGCGGUGAAGAUGGGGAUGGACAUGAUUCAUACCAUCGAAUUGGUCAGAGAUUUGUACGGGGUCGAUGUGAAUAUGAGAGUGGGGAUUCAUACGGGGAAGGCGCAUUGUGGAGUGUUGGGUCUGAAGAAAUGGCAAUUCGAUGUGUGGAGUGAUGACGUCACAUUGGCAAAUCAUAUGGAAAGCGGGGGAAUUCCGGGGUAAGCGGGUUUGAUUUGAGUUCCUUUGGUGUUUAGCGACUGAAAUUACUAGAAUUUAAUCCAAUUACGCUGUUCAUUUCCUCCAAAUUUUGCAUGCAUAGUUAGCAUAUGUGGUAAAUUAACCGCUGAAAAUUUAAAAGCUCCAUUUUUGAUUUUCAAGAGUCAUCUUCCUUGCAAGAGCAGGCUGGAGGUCAGCAAAAAAUAUUUCUUUUGGCUGUUGCUUUCCGAGUUUUGCCAGACAACUUCAUCUUUCAACCAUUCAUUUCCCCCAAUUUCAGCCGUGUCCACAUUACCAAAGCCACCCUCGACGCCCUAAAUGGCGCUUUUCAAGUUGAGCCAGGGAAUGGAAAGGAAAGAUCAAAGUAUUUGGCCGAACAUAACGUCGAGACUUUCCUGAUCGUCCCCAGAGACGAUGAGGAGCCGUUGAGUAAGCGGAAUCAAGUGCAUACAUCGACGAAAGCCGAGCAAUUAGCCGGCAUUUUGGAUAAGCACGGGAAUUCUGUGAGGUGAGCGAACGUUUGAGAUCUUUUUCCGGAUAGAACCUAGUUUUUGGAAGUAUCAGAAUCCACUCAUUCUAAGCCUUUCUCCUUUCUCUCCUCUGACUUUCAUCACCUCGACCAAAAGGGUUCUCACAUUUUCAGCAGACGCGAAUUGUCGCGACCCAUCGAAGAAGAGGUCGACAAAUAUUUGGAGCGGGGAAUCGAAGCGAUCAACAAGGAGCUCUGGAAAACGGAUUACUGUAACAAAUACACAUUGGUGUUCAAGGACCCCAGAAUGGAAGCCAAGUUUCUCCAGUACAAAGCGAACGCAAUUCUCAUGGAAUUGGCAUGUCUGCUGACGAUUUUUAUACUCAGCUCGUUCAUGUUGUUUGUGGGAGACCUGAAGUAAGUCAAGGGGAAUUUAGGGAUAAACGAUGAGAUUACAUACCUAAAAUUUGGUGGGCAUUCUGUCCGUCAACACAUUCAAAUAAAUUAAAAAUUAAAUUUGGGAAUUUUAACUUCGCUGGGAGAAAUCCGUUCUUUUGUAGAAAUGUGUAUUUUACUCGUGAAUCCGAGAGACUUGCAAACCUUAUUUUUGUGCUAAAAAAAUUUCGAUUUUAUGACCAUUUUUGAUUAUCUCCAAAUUUCAGUUCAACCGACAUGUUGAUUGCCAACGGGCUCGCCGUAAUGCUUGUCUUCGCCCUGGUUCUUCUCUUGGCCUCCAAAUCCAUCGGUCAUCAUAAGAUCUUCGGCCUCAUCAAAAAUCGAGAUGAAUCCGAGAAGUUCAGUCAUCCGAGAAGGAGGAAAAUGAACAAUGUCCAUCGAUAUCCCAAGUUCACCAUCGUUUUGGCGGUCCUUCUGUUCUGUCUGUACUUUAUUUUCCUCCGAUUUCUGAUGUUCGACCAAUACGCAAAGACUGCGGAAUGCACGAUCGAGUGUCAAAAAGGAACGGCGCUGAUUACGGACUACUGUAAUGAGAUCCCGAAUCCCAAAAUUGAGGUGGGUUUGAAAAUACGGAAUUUUUUCCAUUCAUAUUUGCUUAAGUUUACGUUUAACCUAGGUCAUUUUAAUAACCCAAAAAAUUUAUUUUUAGCUCGCCUUUGAAGGGAUGUUGUUGAUCCUCCUUUCUGUUUGUGUUUUCCAAUCCUUUUUGGCCAUGGAGAAGAUGUUGUUGGCCGGAUUGUUGUGUUUCUUCAGUCAGGUCGUUCUCUGGACCCUGUCCUUCCCGGCCCUUCAAAAUCGGCAGUUUCAUUUUUGGUUGAAUUUGAACGAUGACAUCCAUAAUGCAACAAUUUUCGCGAAAGCAAAUGCUUAUUGCAGGUAUGAGUUAUUACCUUGUCAGUGAUUACUUCUUGGUCGAAUGAAUCUAUUUUAUUUCAAAUAUUUUUUCAGUGAGUACAAAUGGUCGACAGAUCUUCGUUUCUAUUACACUUUUAUAACACUGUUUGCAUUCACAUUGGUCACAAUUCAAAGCCGAAGAUCCGAAUUGAUUGCCAGAUACGAUUUCAUCUGGAAAUUGCAGGUAAUACCACACUAAACAUAACCCUUAACAUCAUCAUUACCCCAAAUUGCUAUUUUGCCUCUUGCAGGCGAUUGGAGAGAACGUGGAGAUGAAGAGAACCCACGAACAAAACCGCCGGGUCCUGGAGAAUAUCCUUCCGGCCCACGUCGCUUCCCAUUUCCUCACCGCUCUUCCAAUGAGCCGUGCUGAUUUGUACAGUGAAGGGCGGCCAAAUGCGUGUAUAAUAUUUGCCACGAUAACCGAGUUCAACAAAUUUUAUAUGGAGUUGGAUGCCAACAACGAAGGGGUUGAAUGCCUCAGGCUAUUGAACGAAAUUAUCGCCGAUUUCGAUGAGGUUCGUGUCAAUUUUUAUUCUGUGGCUACCGUAUCUUACUUUGAAGAUAUUUUCUUAUUGCUCGCUUUUCAGCUGAUCAGCCGGCCUGAAUUCAGUUGCAUCGAGAAGAUCAAGACCAUCUCCACCACAUAUAUGGCCGCCUCAGGGCUUACAGGCACGGCCGAUGGGAAUGAACAUGUCGUUGCUGUAGCCAAAUUCGCAAUCCAGUUACUCGAAAUGAUCAAACAUAUCAACGAGCAUUCGUUCAACAAUUUCAACCUCAGAAUCGGUAAGAAAAUGAUGACUUUUGCAACGAUGGCAUAGGAAACUUUACUAUUAUACAUAUAAUCUAAUUUUUUGUAGGUAUCAAUAUUGGACCAGUCGUUGCUGGUGUUAUUGGGACCGAGAAGCCGCAUUACGACAUCUGGGGCAAUUCAGUCAACGUUGCCAGUAGAAUGGACAGUUCUGGGGUUGCUGGUGAGUUAAAAUCUUUUUCAUCCCCGAUCUUUUGGGAAAAUUAUAUUUUUAUUAUUUUUAAAAUUAUUUUUAUGUUGUUUCAGGUCGAAUUCAAGUGACCGAAGAGACGAAACAAGUCCUCGAACAAGAGGGUUUCAAAUUCGAAUGCCGCGGGCAAAUCGCGGUCAAAGGAAAGGGCCUGAUGACAACGUACUUCCUCAUCACGCCCGAAGACGCGGCUUCGGUCAAGGAAAACAUCCAGGAUGCCUUGUAA